AUGUAUGAGUCAAGACUGCAGUCGAGCCAGGAGUUGACGCCUCUUAUUGUCAAUGUCGAGCAAAGCUUCAGCCCUUGCGGUGUUUUUUCAUCCGACCCCCCUCGCUCCCCGUUGGCGUUGCACCACCACCACAAGGCAGCGAGUCCAGGGGGGCUCCCACAAACACCAGGCGGAAGUAGCAGCACCGCCACCGCUUCGAUUGCUCGUCCUGGGGUGCGGCACCGAGCGGAAUGGAAUGCGGGACUGGAGGAUGUGGAAGUGUUCAGGCUACCUGCUGAUAGUUUCCUGUCAUCCACCUACCGAGCAAACGCCGUUCAAAAAGUACCUGUUCGGUAUAUCGCUGAUCAAUUUGAUCGCCGUUGGCUCGCUCACCGAUUCAUGGAGGGCUGUCAGGAGGGCUGCACCUCUAAAGAUGGGGUAGUGCGGGGUAAAACUGGCCAACUUGGUUCCGCAUCAAGAGUUGAUUUGGACCUCACGAUUUCCUUAUUCGAGGAUAUCAUCACCGCCUUCGAGCUGGCAGCUUUUUACAACCCUGAAAUAUCCCUAGAAAGGCUUGUAAGCUUAAAUGGGCUUUAUCUUGAGGGUGUGGACGCCUCGAGUGCGGUUAUCACCGAAGUCCACGAAUACUGGCUUCGCAAACGCGAAGCCCUUGGCGGUAAUAUCGCUUGUAUUCCCGCCUUACAAAUGAGUGUCUGUGACGAGAACGAGAGCGCCAUCUGUCGAGCUGACGUUUUAGGUGACUGCCCACUGCCCUUCAAGGCGCGUGAUUGGGUCGUUCCAUGCAUCACACGGAAAACACGGCCUACGAAGCGACGGAAACGAAAGGUCCCUAGCGCGUCGAGUAAGAGGGGAGGCAGGAAAAACUCUAUUGUGGAUCUUGUCUCUGUUGCGAACUCGCUCAGUAUGCAGAUUUUGCAUCGUGAGCGCUUGCGUCACAAGCAUGCAAUGAUCUCGAUUUAUGAAAUGGCUGCCAUGCGCAACCUCUCUGGGGUAAAUCUAGACAUGUUGCAUGAAUCCCCCUCAUGGUCGCUUCCGUCUCUAGACGAUUCACAGCUUCAACAAGAGGUGGAUCGCUCGGAGAUUGAGAAGGAUUUUCUUGAGGGACUUUCUACAAUCUGGCGCAAGCACGAAGAGGUAAAAAAAGCAAGUAAUGUUUCAACGCCCUAA